AUGCCAAUAACGACGACGAAGAACAACAUAAACAAGAGAAAAAGAAACGACUUUGAGAAAAACGAGGAUGAUUCAGACGAUAAAGGCCAGUUCGACGUGUCGGUGUUACUCCCGGUGCACAACGCCUUGCCACAUUUAACCUCGUGUUUACUGUGUUUAUUCGCACAAGAGAAGGUACGAUUGGAAAUCAUCAUCGUGGAUGAUUCGAGCACGGAUGGAAGUUUCGAAAGGAUUGGUGUGUGUAAACGAGCGUACGAAACACUAAAAGAAGGAGAAGGCGGGGAGUGGAAAUUGACGGAAGACGAGAAGGAGGAAAAAGAGGACGUCGGAAAUGAUUUCUACGCGAACAAGGUGGAGUGUAAUUUGAGGGAAGAGUUUGCACACUUGGAGGAGGAGGAAAGAGGAAACGACGAUACGUACGAGCGAAUCGUGCGGAAAUAUUGCAAAGGAAAGAGGCAUAAAAUAAUCCUUAGGAAGUUAGAAAGAAGCAAAGAGGUACGGUCUGGACAAGGGUUGGCGUUGAACCUGGCGUAUAGUUUGUCCACGUGCGAGUACGUGGCGGAAAUGGAAGCCGACGAUAUGAGGCCGCAGAGAUGCUUUUACGAAUUGUUGAACGCGUUGAAGUUGCGGGAGGAUUUAGACGCGACGUUUAGCCAGAUUUCGUUGAUUGGCGAUUUACCUUCGAGUAAUGCGCCGCAAGAGGGAUGGAUUGGGAUGGAACGGUUCAGAAGGUGGCAAAAUUCAUUGACGUGUGGUACUACGGAGAUGGCGCCUGGGCGAUACAUAGAGAUUCCCGCGAUGCGAGCGAGCGGCUGUUAUCGGAGAUCAUUUUUGGAGAAGAAAAUGAAUUUGAAUAAAGAAGGGGAAGGGGGCAUUAGAAUAUACGAUGAUUUGUGGAGAAUAGGAGACGAAGUGGUCGAUUUCGCCGUUUCAGAAGAGCAAAGAACGUGCAGUAGUUUGAAGAGAAAUCCCAAUCACUGGUGGCCGGUUGACGUUUCGUUCCUCCAUCGCGCGUUUAAUAGUGGCAUGCGUUGCCAUAAAGUAGAACGACCGAUGUACUGGUGGCGACAAUACGCGAAGCAAUCGACGAAAGUACACGAUAGGUGCAGCUUAGAGCGCUUGCGAGCGGCAAAAGUACACUACAUGUUGAAGGAGGAUGGACCGUUAGGCUUCGCCGCUUUGUUUACCGCCGACGGUGACACGGACGCAGAAGUUCGCGAUGUCGACGCUCUCGCGAACUCUUCCGAACCGGACUCGUCGGCGGCGAAGAUAAAAAAUUCUCCUCGUGGCAGCAAAGAGCAAAAGAAAUUAAUCAUCCGCGUAUUCGGCAGAGGCGAAACGCUCAACGCCUACGUCGCCGACAUCAACCGCGAAAUCGAACUCAUCCGCGCAAAAGAGAAAGAGGAACACUACGCGCGACACAAAAAGCCCCUCGAUGCCACCGCCACCAUAACCACCACCGACGAGGACGAUGAUACGUACCAACCAAAACUUCUUUACGUCGUCGAAAAGCGCGACGAAAUGCCCGGCCUCCCCAAACGCAAGCGCUCGAAAGAAAACGGUCUGGACAAAAACACCAAACUUUGUCGCCUCUUCGCGUUUGGUAUGCAGAAAGCGAGGGAGAAGAUUCUUCGAGUCAUGCGCGACGAUUUUGAUACGGGUGGUUUAGAUUGGUUCGUCGCUUAA